UCGCUAAAUUGACAUUGUAUUUUAUAUAGUGAUUUUAUUCUUUAAAAAGUUGUCAUAUUUUGUAUUGUAGGCCUAAGUUGUAAAUAAUGGGCAAAUUGAUUGCCUUUAUUGAAGGACUCAUUAAACUUGCUCAAUGGCUUCCUGUUAUUGUGAUCUUUUCGAUCGUUUUAUGGUCGUAUUAUGCUUACAACGUCAUUUUAUGUAUAGAAACCGUUGACAACUAUGUUGAAAAAGCGGUGUAUAUAGUGUUUUAUCAUGUGUUUUUCAUCUUGUUUGUUUGGUCAUAUUGGAAAACCAUAAUAACAUCACCAGGAAGAAUCCCAUUACAGUUUUAUUUAUCUCCAUCAGAUCGAAUGGAAUUGGAGGAAGCAGAAAAUCCAAAUUUAUUCCUGGAAAAUUUUGCUAGAAAACUUCCAGUGCAAACUUUGACUCAAUCCAACACAAUACGUUUCUGUGAUUCAUGCUAUGCCAUUAAACCAGAUCGAAGCCAUCAUUGUUCAAUGUGUAAAACAUGUCGUCUAAAAAUGGAUCAUCAUUGUCCCUGGGUCAAUAACUGUGUUGGAUUUAAAAAUUAUAAAUUUUUUUUACUUUUCUUGUUUCACGCCAUAUUAUAUACAUUUUUUGUUGCAAUGACAAGUCUUCAAUACUUCAUAAAAGUUUGGAUGCAUAUAACUAAAGGAGGUAAUGCACGUCUUCACAUAUUGUUCCUGUUCUUUAUUUCAAUAAUGUUCUGCAUCAGUUUAUGGACUUUGCUAGGAUAUCAUAUCUAUCUUGUAAUGGUGAAUAGGACUACUUUGGAAUCGAUGCGUGCUCCAGUAUUUCGUGAAGGUGGAGCAGAUAAACAUGGAUUUAAUCUUGGGACGUGGAAAAAUAUAAAACAGGUAUUUGGCAACAGAAGAUGGCUUUGGUGUUUUCCUGUUUAUACAAGUUUGGGCGAUGGUGUUGUUUAUCCACUUCGUGAAGAAUGUUCGCCCGAACAAAUGGAUUUACUUAAUGAACGAACAAAAUGGUUGAACGAUGAGAGUGAUGACGAUGAAGAUCAUAAGACAUACACAAAUGUUGAUAUUGUUGAUGAAACUGCUGGCAGUGAGAGAAUUAUAGAAAUGACACCUAAUGUUGUAACGUUGAAAUAAACAAACGUGUUGUUUAUUUGUGAAAAGUUGUUUCUUUGUUUGCAACAGAAAUUGGUAAAGAUUGCAAUGAACGAGAACAAAUCGACGUAAUUUGGAACAAUUAGAUAGUUGAUUCCUUGAAAUAUGAAAGACGUCUUUACUUUUGAUGUCGUUUUUAUAAUAAAAAUCAACGACAUGUACAAUAAGAAACCUGUUGGUAGCUUUAUUUUAGCGAUGAAUAAUGUCUGUGAAUUUCAAAUCAUAAUUUCUUGUUAACUACUUAUUACAUUGUAAAUAGAACUAUAUAUUUAUUAAGCACGUAGUUAAAUCUAGAGCUAAAAUUAUUGAAUAGAUAAAAAGUCAAAUGUUCUGAACUGUAGUAUUAAACUUUAGUGUCUUUUUGAGUUUGAAAAA